CCUUCGAUGCCGACACCGCUGAUCGUCAUCAGCCCGGAGGAGGCAGGAGGAGCCACCAGGUCGACCCUCUUGGAGGCAGCGGAAGAACUCAAGCGCCGAGGAAAGAGUGUGGCUGGAGUCGUUGCCCCCACCAAAGAUGACCGUCGCCAUUUGAUACGAAUUUCGAGCUCAGAAACUCGGUUGCUCCAAUUGAAUGAAAUAAGUGAGGAGACCAAAGAAAAGAUGAAAGCUUUCAAGAAAGACAUGAAAGGCGAGAUGGAAUUUCAUUCUGAUCAAGAAGGAGCUACGUCGACAUACGGGGAAUCAACCGUAGCCGUUGGGCCAUUCAUUUUCGAUGAGGCAGUGUUCAAAUGGGCGCGUCAGGAGCUCGAUGAGAGUGUAAGGGUGGACUACUUGAUCAUCGACGAGAUCGGGCCGUUAGAAAUCAAGCGCAAACAAGGACUUGAACCUUCGUUUUCCCAAGCACUUUCUAACUUGUGCUCUCCUGACACAUCCCAACGUGUCUUGAUUGUUGCACGGAAGAACGUCUGGCCGGUCCUAUCUGAACUCUACGAAGUGGAAUACACAACAUUACAACAAGUUGUUGCUGCUUCGGUAACAAAAUAAAUGUAAAUAUAUCUCUGAACAAACAUGCUCGAAGGAAUCAUAUUCGAAUGAAUGGAAACUUUGGUUUUCUGCUUUGUAAUGAAUGAAGUCGAAAAGUU